GGUCAUUUGGCUCGCCAGCGGGCACCGUGUCAUCUGGCAAGGCAGUGGGCACCGAGUCACCAGGCACGACAGUGGGCUCCGAGUCAACUGGCAUGACCCCGGGCACUGGGUCAGACAUUGGAUCGUCUGGCCCGACAGCGGGCAUCGGGUCACCAGGCAUGACAGCGGGCACUGGGUCAUCAGGUACCGGAUCGUAUGGAUCGACAGCGGGCAUUGAGUCAACUGGCCUAAUGGAAUCAUCAGGCUGGAUCAGCUGGGUAGAGGCAUCAGGCUGAAUUGUGGGCGCCGAGGCACCAGGCUGCACCAUGGAAGGCAGGUUCUCAGAUGGGAGGCUGACCGGUUUGGAUACUGGCA